GUCCGUUUGGUCACGUGACUCCUUGAAUUCCUUAAACAUGAACAAGCAGGAAGUCUGAGGUGACAGAUGAAGCAGAUAAACAGCUUCAGUCCAGGUGCUGAUCACGAGAAGAAGAAGACGAUCAAAUGUCUGCUUGAACAUCUGCGUCAUUCUCUCUGAUCGUCUGUUUCCUGGUCUGUUCCUCUGAAGUUCCCGAUAGAAGUGUUGCUCAGAGGAAAAAGAAAAAGAAGAAGAAGAAGAAGAAGAAGAGGAAGAAGACGGUCAAAUGGCAGCAGGAACACGGGUGUUAUGCUUUCUGAUCAUCUGUUCUCUGGUCUGCUCCUCUAGAGCUCAGACAAACAUCACAGCUAAAAAAAUCCCAACUGAUCUUGGAGAAGAUGUCAUUCUACCAUGUACAGUUCCCAACAAGUACAACAUCAACAGCAUAGCUGUAAAGUGGACCAGACCUGAAAUGGAACCAGAAUAUGUUCUUCUGUACCGAGAUGAACGCUCAGAUCCAGAAUACCAGCAUCCAUCUUAUCAGAACCGGGUGGAUCUGCAGGAUAAAGAGAUGAAGGACGGAGAUGUUUCUCUAAAUCUGAAGAAAGUGACGAUGGAGGACAGAGGAAGAUACGAGUGUCGUGUUAUUGAUAAAAGAAACUAUGAAGUCAUCAGCAGCAGCUUCCUGGAAGUUCAUCUAUCAACUCAGAAAAUGACCGGAGUUAAAAACAUCAUAGCUGAUCUUGGACAGGAUGUCAUUCUACCAUGUAAAGCUUCCAAGAAGGAUAACAAAACCAUCACUACUGUAGAGUGGAUCAGAUCUGAAAUGAAACCAGAUCAUGUUCUUUUGUACAGAGAUGGAAGCUUUGAUCCAGUCCUUCAGCAUCCAUCUUAUAAGAACCGGGUGGAUCUGCAGGACAAAGAGAUGAAGGACGGAGACUUUUCUCUGAGUCUGAAGAAUGUGACGAAGAAUGACACUGGAAGAUAUGUGUGUUGGGUUUAUCAGAGAAAAAAGUUUGAACCCAUCAGCAACAUCAUCGACCUGGUAGUCCUUGAUCCAGGAAACAAGAAUGCGUUCUUUGGCGAUGGAGGAGACAAGGAUAUAAACACCAGAGAUGGAGGAGACAAGACUGGAAUCAUUGCAGGAUCAGUAGUGGGUGUGAUACUUCUUCUUGCUGUGGCUGCUGCUGGUUUUCUGAUCUAUAGACGAUGCAUGAUGAAGCCGCAGCAGCUAUAUAGAGAUGUUACCAGUUCCUGAACAGCAUCAGAACCAACCAGAGCUUGUGUAACUUUGAUGGAAGCAGCAGCAUGUGGUCUCUCCUUUAACUGCCACCUUAUAGUGGUGGAGGGUUUGUGAGCUCAGAGGAUGCUGGGAGCUCUGCUGUCUGGAGUUCAGCUCCUGCUAGGGUUUCUAUUGGCAGACUGGUCCAGAAACAUCAAGUCCUCCCAACAUCUCCAUCAUCUAGAUUGAUCCUGUGGAUUGUUGCUGCUGCUGCUGGUCUUCAUCAACUUUUCUACUCUGUUGCUUUGUCUGGAAAUAAAUGUGUUCCAAAGCUCUGCAUGUUAGAACCUGAUGAAAUGUUGUGGAUGUAAAGUGUUCUGUCAGAUGAGAUCAGAAGCAGAUAGAAAAGUUCUGAUUGUCCAGAAUGAAGCAGAACUGAUGAACAACUUCAGACUGAACUGGUUUGAAUGUUUUAUCUGCUAGCAGCUCUGAUGAUGCUCUGAACUUUUAACAUGGUAAAGGUGCAGCUAAUAGAAUAUAUUUUUAAUACUUUUUUAACUGCUCAGGGUUUGUGACUUUUAUCUUCAUCCUAUAUUAUAUCUUGUUCUUUUAAUCUGUACAACAACUUUGCACUCAGUUGCAGAAUGUAAACUGAUGAUUAGAUUCUUCAUAAAGUUCUUGUUUUAAUGUGUGAUUUAAUGUUUUAUCGGUUAGUAGCUCUGCUGAUGUUCUUACCUUUUAAUGUGGUAAAGGUGCAGGUAAUAUUUUAUAUUUUAGAUAUUAUUGAUAUUUUUUAUACUACUCAGUGUUCUGAGUUUGAUCUUCAUCCUAUUUUAUGUUUUGUUGUUAAUCUACAGAUAAAUGUAGUAAAAUAACAUUGUUUGCUACUGAAGGUUGAAUAGAAUAUAUAGUUAAUGUACUUAUUUACUUCACAGAAAUGAUUGGCUGUUUAUCCUGCAACACAGUGGAAGGAAUGAACUUUACUGCUGCUUUUUGCACUUUCGUACUGAUUCUAAGCUGAUUGUCUUUGUUCUUUUACAAUGAUAUCAAAGGUGAAUCUAAUCAGUGAUCUGUGGUUCAUUAUAGUUUCUAUGUAGAAUUUUAAAGCUGGUUUCUUCUCUGCAGAAGUGAUAAUAAAGGUUGUUUCUCCAGA